CUCAUCGACCUCCUCAUUCCUCAUCUUCAACCACAUCAUCUCUUCACAAUGUCUGCCGCAGACAACGACGUCAAGGGCAAGGCGCCCACCACGGCUGCAGACCAUGAUCCCGCCUUCGCUGCUCUCCACGACGAGAACGCGACUAGCCUCGAUGAUACUCCUACGCACACGUCAGCGCCUCGUCGAGCCCAGAAGGCCCACAACGACGGUGGUCUCAUCAAGGUGCAGCCGCUCAGGAAGGCCGAGAUGCAGCCUUCCUAUGCCCAAGAUAUCGGAGGCGAUGAUGGUCCCCACUCCUUCUACAGCUCCUUCAUGAGCGGUCUAGGAUCCUGUAUCGGGGCUUUUGGUCAGAUUCCUUGCUGCUUGUGCUUCCCGUCUCCAUUCAAGACGAUUCCUCAAGGCAGGGUAGGACUCGUAUCAACUUGGGGCCGCUUCACUCGCGCGCAUGACCCGGGACUCAUCCGACUCAACGUUGUCAGCGAAUCGCUACAGCUGGUGGAUGUUCGAGUUACCAUCUGCGCAAUUCCCACGCAGAGUAUCAUUACCAAGGACAAUCUGUCCGUAGAAGUCGACUCAGUGGUGCAAUUCGUCAUCAACAACCCAUACCGUGCCGUUUACGGGGUCGGCAACGUCACCAACGCGCUCAUCGAACGCGCUCAGACAACCCUUCGAGACGUCGUCGGCUCGCGCAACCUUCAAAGCCUCAUCUCUGACCGCGAGGCCGUCGCGCUGCAAGUCGAAGAACUCGUAGAAAGCGUCGCGGAGAAGUGGGGUGUUGCUGUUGAGAGCAUCUUGAUUAAGGACAUCAAGAUCUCCAAGAGCCUCCAGGAAAGCUUGUCGGCCGCUGCGACGCAACGCCGCUUGGGCGAGAGUCGCAUCAUCCAAGCCCGCAGCGAGGUUGAGGCAGCCAAGCUCUUGAGGCUUGCAGCCAAUGAACUCGCAUCAGGUCCAGCUUUGCAAAUCAGAGAGCUCGAUGCUAUGCAAUCGAUGGCCAAGAAUGCAAACGCCAAGGUCAUCUUCUUCCCCAUGCAUAGUCAGGGUCAGAUGCCGGGAGGUAUUGGCGCUCAGGUCGCGCCGCAGGGUGCGCCUACGCCUGCAGGUGGUAACAUGCAGCAGUACAUGGCCAUGUCCGAGAUGGCAGAGCAGUAG